CGGGGGCAUGUGUAUUUUUUAGGGUGUGGCUGAGAGUGAAAAUGGCAGCAAUGCUAAGAAAUUUAAACCGAAGGAGAAAGAAGGAGGAACAGAAGGCUCCUUCACCCAGUGAUCCUCCUCUGCCAGCUGAUUCUGAGGGUUUCAUCUGUCCCAUUUGUAUGGAGGGCCUAAGGUCAGCCGAGGCCCUCCAGGUUCACUGGGACGCUGCUCAUUCAGAGAACAACAAGAAGACAAAAGAGGAAGAGAAGAAGUUUGAAGCUACACUAGAUGGAGCAAGUGCCAGCACACCACCUGUUAAAAAAGAUCAGUUUCCUAAAAGAGCUCAAACUGGUACUCAGUAUAUUCCAGAGUUGCCUAGCGAAGGAUCUGAUGGAGAAUUGGACACUUACCGGACAAUGGCCCAAGAAAUGAUCGUAUUAAUUAAUGAGGAGAGGUCUGUUACUGGUUCCUUGAGAUCUCAAGUUAGUCGCUUGGAAGAUAUCGUUCAUAAAAGUGAUGACCAAAUUAGAGAAGAGCUUGUGGUUAUGAAGCAAAUGUUUGAACAGUCGGAGGAAAGUCGUGCCACUAUGUCUGUUGAAAUUGCUCGUCUAUCAAGCCAGAACACUCAUUUAUUGAAAGAGUCAGAGACCCUUAGCAGUAACAUGGAGAAGGUGUCACAGAAAGCAGGCACCAUUGCUAUGACCAAUGCUAACUUGCAGAGUAAACUGGAUGAGGCUCAGUCUAAAAUACAGUCACUUCAACAAGAAAUGAUAAAGCUACAGGAGAAGUCUGGUGAGCAAGAAGUUAGGAAUGAAAGACUAGCAGUCCAGCUCCAGCAAAGACCGGAAGCUGAUGAUGUGAAAGCAAUGCAGAGUCAGUUAUCAUCACUUCACAUUGUAAUGGAACAGAACUCAUCUGAACAUGAACUAACAGUUCAUAAAUUGAAUGAAGAAAUAAAUAAAUUGAAAAAUGACAAAGAAAGACUGGAGGAAGAUUUGAAGAAAAUGACAGACCAUAUUCAAACUGCUCCUCAGGUUCAAGACAUGACAAAGUUAGAGCUACAGCUGAGUUCAUUAACUAGCGAAUUAGAGAGAGUUAAAAAUGAAAAGGAGUCACUCACUAACCAGCUGGAGUCAUUGCAAGAGAAGCUUAGUCAGUACAUUAGCCCAGAGACCCUCCAGAGGUAUAAGAAAGAUGUGGAAAGGUUAGAAUCUGAACUGAAUGAGAAGAAGAUGAGCCUACAGAGUCGUGAUGAGCAGUUGAGUCAGUUACAGUCUGAUCUCAAAAUGGCUCCAAGAAGAGAGAGAGUGAGUGAGUUAGAGACAGAACUAAAGGAAAGCAAAGAUGAAGGAAAGAAAGUUAUUGAAGAACUAAGAAACCUUGAAUUGAGACACCAGGAUGUUAUGAAUCAGUUAUCUCAAAUGCCAACCACACAAAAACUUGAAAGUUGUGAAAUGAAGAUUAGGGAACUGGAGCUUGAACUGGCAGGAGCUCCACGCCAAGAGAGAGUGACCAGACUAGAGGAAGAUUUAAAGCAAGCACAGGAACAGCUCAAUACUUUACCUAAACAGCAGCAGCUGGACAGUCUCCAGGCAGCCAUUGCUACUCUGCAGUCGUCGUUGGAGCAAUCAAACCAACAGAUUAAGGAAAAGGAGAGUCUAAUCUUAACACUACAAGAACAGCUUAGAAAAUCUCAGUCGGAUGUAUCAGAUAGGGAGGUGUCAUUGGUUGCUUUACAGAAAGAGCUGGAAGCCUCUCAGAGCAGCUGCAGCUCAAAGGAGCAAGACCUUACAGUUGCUCAGAAAGAAGCGAGAGACUUAAAACGACAGAUCACUUCACUUGAGGAGCGACUCCAAUCAAAUGUCAUUGAGAUUAAUGAGUUGAAGCAUAAAAAUGAAGAGGAGACCAAGAGAGUGUCAUUAUUGCAGACUGAAAGGACAGAACUGAUUGGAAAGAUUGAGGAAGGAGAAGGAGUGAGCACAGCCAUUAGUCAAUUGGAACAAGAAAAGAAAUCAAUUGAGGUCAAGUUGGAAUCAGUUCUGAAAGCAGCAUCAGAUAAAGAAUCCGAUCUUCACUUGAAACUUGAAGAAAUUAACAAAUCAAAAACACAGGUAUUAGAAGAGCUUGAGGACGGCAGACGUCAGUUGAAGGAGCUUGAGUCUCAGCUGCAGAAGAAAGAAGUUGCUCUAGCUUCAAGUCAAGGGAAAGUGGAUCUGCUAUCUACAGAACUCAAAACUAAAGAAUCAGCACUGACUGAGCUUCAGAGAGUCACAACUCAGGAACAAACGAAAUCUCAAGAACUUUUGACAAGAGAGAAGGCCAAGACUGAAAGCCUGACUUCAGAUCUUGAAGAAGUCAAAAAUAAAUUCAGUGAAUUUAAAAAGACUGCAUCUGAAGAUGAAGCCACUUUAAAGAAGCAGCUGCAAACUUUACAAGAUCAAGCUCAAAAGCAGCUAACGGAAAUAUCCUCGCAGCUUCAGCAAAAAACGUCAGCUUUACAAAGUCUUGAGGACUCAAGUCGCGAGGAAAAACUACGUCUAGAGAGUGAAUUAGGUCUUCUUCAGCAGAACACAGCAACACAAAAAGAAGAACUUACGUCGCUACAAAAAUCACUCGAGGAGGCUCGGGAUCAGUUGGUUUCAAGUGAUGCUUCGUGGAGAACUGAUUUAGACAGUGAGAGGACAAAAUAUCGAAAAGAAGAAGAGACUCUGAAGGCGCAACUAAACAAUAAAGAGUCUGAGUUGACUUCAGUUCAAGAUGAGAGAGAUAAGUUAAGAGUAUCACUGGAGAAAUGUGAACGGAAUCUUGACACAAGUCAAACUUCUCUGAAAGAGCAUCAGUUGAAAGUACAGGAGCUAGAGGCUGCCAUUUCAAGACAUGAAGAGCAACAGAAGCAGCUGGAGAAUAAUGGCAAAUCCUUAGAGUCGGAACUGUUACAGUUACAAGCUUCAUAUAAAGAACUUGAAGAUAAAUUGAGUUUACAAGAGGCUACAGCAACAAACCAACUUCUGGAGGCUGAAGCAAAACUGGAAAGGAAGAAAUCUGAUCAUGAAGAGCUUCAGAAGAGUGCAAAGACAGUCCAGGAUGAACUGGAGGCCACAAAAAAAGAACUGGAAGUCAAAAAACAGAAAAUUGAAGCACAAGGUAACGAGCAUUCUCAAACCUUGAAACAGUUGGAAAUAAAAGUUGACAAUGAAACCAAGCUACAUUCAGAAAUAAACGAGCUCCAAGGUCUGAUGGCACAAAAAGACACUCAAAUAGAGGAUUAUGAAUCAUCUGUAACUUCACUAAAAGAAGAAGUGGCUUCACUCAAUACCUAUUUUCAACAAAAAUCUGAAUAUGCUAACUCGGUUGAAGCUGAGCUAAAGUCGAAGAAAGAGAAAGUUGAAGAACUUGAAACUGAACUGGCUCAACUCUUGAAUGAGUUGGAGUCAAAGACUCAAAAAUAUGAAGAACAGCUCAAAGAAUUGAGAGAUACAGUUAAACAUCACGAGGAUAAAGAGAAAGCACUAGAAAAUGAAUUGGAAGGAGCCAGAACAGACUUUAAACAUCUCAACUCUCAACUUGACCAAUCUGAGAAGACAAUCCAAGAACUGACGAGAACAAUCAGUGAAAGAGAUUCAGCCAUUGAGUCUGGCAGACUGGAGCUAGAGCAGCUGGGUAAGGAUAGGCUCAACGAAAAGACGUCAAUGGAGACUGAAAUAAACUCACUACAAGUCCAGCUGGAACAGGCAAAGAGUGAGACGGCCCAGGUUAAUUUUGAAUUGUCUCAGUUGAAAUCAAAUUAUGAGAAUCUAAAAGCAAAAUUAGAGAAAGAGACAGCCGAUUUUAAAGCCGACCUGGGUUCUGCCCAUUCCCGUAUUGAAGUACUUGAUAAAGAGAACAGUGAACUGAAGACGCAGCACGAGCGUGAGGUGAAGACCCUCAGUGGUAACCUUGGCACCCUCCGGUUUGAAAUGGAAACCAUGAAACAAAGAGUGAGAGACCUUGAUGAGAAUAACUCCAUACAACACAAAAGGAUCAAUGAAUUAACACAGCUUAACAAUUCUCUUGAAGACAAGAACAGGUCCUUGUUAGAAAAGUUAGUAUCAGAAGAGGAAGUGAGAACUAGAUCCAGUACUCAAAUAUCGGACCUUCAGCACCGAGAGAGGGAACUACACUCUGCUCUCCAGCAGCUGGGAAGAGAGAAUGAAAAAAUGCAGAUUGUUCAAAGGCGCCAGAAGCAGAGACAGUGGGAGAAAGAUGAGGAUGUUGUGAGUUGUCAUGCGUGUCAAGUUAAAUUCUCAGUUAGCGUUAGAAAGCAUCACUGCCGCCACUGUGGUCAAAUAUUCUGUCAAAAGUGUACCUCACAGUCCGUCAUGCUCCCAGCAUCAAAGAAGCCACAACGAGUCUGCAACCAUUGCUACAAGGAGCUUAAUAAAUGAUACCAGUAGACUAGGAUUCAUCUAGCGUUAUAUUGAGCCAAAACAUGCACAUGUAUGCACUAUAUUAUGUUCUUAUACAACAACCCUGAUUUUGCUAAUUUUUAGACCAAUUAAACCCAAUUUUUGCUAAUUUCCUUACCUGUUCUAUCAUGCAGGGAAAAGCACAGAAA